AGCCACGUUCCCUCGCCGGGAACCACGCCCCCAGAGCUUGGUGUAGCUUUGCGCCCCGCCCCCCUCCUCCCGUGGCUGAGCAACACGUCGCUCCAGAAGCGUCCGUGCCCCGGUCACCAACCCGCCUCCUUUCAACCGCCAAGCCGGAAAACGACCAGUCAGCUUGUGUGUGAUACAAAACCAGCUUGGCCCAGCAAAAUAAUGGUGGCCAAACAGAGAAUCCGGAUGGCAAACGAGAAACACAGUAAGAACAUCACGCAACGAGGGAAUGUUCCCAAAAGUUCAAAAACAGCACCAGAUGAAAAAUCAUCAGUUGGUCCCUGGCUGUUGGCACUUUUCAUUUUUGUUGUUUGUGGAUCAGCUAUCUUCCAGAUUAUUCAAAGUAUCCGGAUGGGCAUGUGAAAUGGACAAAAUUCAAAUCUCUGCCUUUUUAAGUGUCUUGCUGUUAAUUCCAGCUGUGAGUCUGACCAUUCCAACACUUCCUUUGUCUUACAACCAAUGGAUUUUACAGAACUCAUCUUUCUGUAAUUGCUUUUGAAGAAACUUCUAAUUCCAUGGUGUUGCUAAAAGUCUAGUUCAUUCCUUCAUGUGACCCAAGAAGGCAAGGAUAUAGUAAAAGCCAUCCAACAGUUUAAUUUUGUAUUUUAAUCAGGGAAAUAGUUUGUAAGAUCAUAUUUAAUGUGAAUACUUUAUCAUUAUAUAUAGUUGGUAUGUAGGUUUAAAAGAGAACCUUUAUGGUGUACUCAGACAUUUUUCCCCUUUCUUUCACACAAAUCCUUGAAAAUUGUAGAGAAGGUGGUUCUCCUCCCUGUUCAAUUUGAGAUACAAAAUGUGCAUCUUUCUAAAUUAAAUUCAUAAUUCCAGAAAAGUGCCUUCUUUUGUAUAUUAAAAUGUACAUCCAUUUUAGGGCUUAGGUCUGAAUGCUUCUCUGAUCUUAGAACGUGAAUUGAUUUUGGUGUUUAUUUUUGUUGAAUUAAGGGUAAUCUACUCUCGUGUUUUAAAAUAUUUGUGUCUGGUCGAUUGAAGAACUAGCUGAAUUCGGGAGGCCGAAGAGAAUGGCUGGGGGGGGGGGGGGGGGGGGGGGAG